UAUCAACAAAGUUACCACCUUUUUUAAAUGUAGUGUAAAAGAAAACUCUAGUGCAAGUCGUACAAAUUUUUUAUGGUUUUGUGUUUUCCAGUUGUUAUGAUCUUGAGCUCUAUGUUGGAUCUUUGGUGACAAAGAGAACAUCUACAACACUAUACAUGGCACAAAUUAUAUGCAAGAUGUCUUUUUCAAGAUAAGCCGCUAUAUUUUUAUUUUAAGGACCAUUGUGCGCUAUUCAAUACUUCAGGUGUUCAUUAAGAGGACAAACACAAGCUGAAAAAAGACUAAUUUUUGAAUGAGCCUUUCACCGUUUAGCCAAAAAUAAAAGACAAAACCAUGCAGAACGUGCACCAUUCCAUAUCUUGCAUGUAUUCACAGUAUUCUAGACAAAGCGAUCCGUGGACGUCUCCCAGAGAUCAUAUAUCUACGGCAGAUGCCACUUAUUCAAAACAUCCAACCAUCAAAAGACCACUCAGAGAAAAAAAUCCAAAAAAUGUCAAACACGUGGCGCACAAAGAAAGGCCCCCGCAAGUCGUCGAGAGACGAAACGCGCGAGAAAGAAGAAGAGUCCAAGCUGUCAACAUGGCUUUUGUGCGAUUGAAAAAGGCCAUUCCGUAUCAGAAUUCGAGAGGAAAGAGACUUAGUAAGGUAAAAACUCUGCAAAACGCGAUUAGAUACAUCCAGGAACUGGAAAUUGUAUUACAAGAUGCCCAGAUAAAUGAGUGCUACUAUAAAAACGAGAAAUAUUUCGCAUUUGCCAAUACCAAUGAAUUUUAUGAAAUAAUCUAGUCAAGAAGUAUUUUCCUAAUUGAAACAACAGUAUUUUUGUACCAGAGUAUUUUUUAUAUACAUACUAAUAGUUUUUCCUUAUUUAUUAUAUUUUAAGUAAGAAUAUGUUUUAUUUUUAAUUAUAAGGUAUUAAUUUUAAGUUUAAUUGAUAUAUAAAAUGUAUAAUAUAUGUAUAACAUAAAGUCUACAGAAUACGACCAUACACAACCAUGCACGACAGUAGACCAGCAUUACCCACCGGAGAACAAGUUUUGACACAGUGGUGCAUGGUUCAAUGUUGCCUGACCCACAGAAAAGAGCUAAAUAAGCAUUAAACUUUGCCUGAACGGUGAAUAAGAGGCGACAGUAUGACACCACUGGCCAAAUUAUGUUUUAAAGGAUGUCUGAAAAAUCAACAACUUAGCCAUUCUAACUACUAACACAUUUUUAGAUAAAAACAUUGUGUACUCUAGUUUUUCACCAAAAUAACGUAAGUAAAAUUUGAAUUUAGAAUGAUGUUAUUUCGUUAAAUCGGUAGCGCACCCAGGGAGGUUUUGGGGUUGUGCCCAAGCCAACCCCCCAGAGGAAAAUUUUGGGUGCGCCACUGCGUUAAACAACUUUAAUUUAUUUAGGAUAACAUUCUUAUUACGAUAAUAAUUAAAGAAUGGUAUACAGGUAUUCUUUGAGGAAGUAAUUUAAGUCUCCCUUGAAUUGUUAAGUUACAAGUAUUAGCUUACAGCAUGUUUUCCUUAUUAAAUUAGAAUAAUUUAUUUGUAUUUGUGAUUAAUUUUCUAUACAAACUUGUAAACCGA